CAUCCCCCUCCUUCACUUCCCUGCUUACACACACACACACAAGCGACUUUUCCCUUCCCUUCUUGCACUUCUCACUCCUUCCUGUCCAUUCCUAUCAGCCCUUUCGGCCUGCACAGCUCAUACUUCUCCCCUAUUUUUUACCUCUCCUGGUUACUUUCUCGCUCACCUUCUCGCCCCUCACCCUCAGUUGCACACUCAGCAAAGAGCUGUCAAGGUUGUUGCUGGUGCCAAGAACUACAUCGCCACAAGCACAGAGCGCCAAUUCCGACUACUCAACAACACUCUGCUGCAGCACUACAGCCCCACCUUACCUUCCUCUCUCUAGGAACCGACUUUUGUCUCUUGAAGCCCAGUUGUUUGAAGACACCCUCCAGUCUGUACCACUGAGGGCCAAUAAAGAAACUACAGAGAGAAAUGAUUAUUCCGUCCUCACACCAAGGAGCAUCCACGGUGCAGGACUCCGCUGUCCUCUCCAUCGCCAUCAAUGCAGAGUCCUCAAUACACCCAUCUUCUCGACGCGCAGAAUCAAUAUCGUUGUUCCUACCGGUGCUCAUCAUCGCCAUGUUCCUCCUCAUCCUCGGCUUGACCGGUAUCCUCGCGCGCUGUCUCUACCGCCGCUUCAAGGCCCUCCGCCAUACCUCUCCCUCUCCCUCUGCUACCUCUUCCUCCUGGAAAUCCUACUACGCCCAGAAUCACAACAACAAUCCUGAUUUGAACCUCGACAAUGAUGCGGAUGACGACGAACAAGGGGAACAGGAACGACUUCUCGCGCGACGCAGGAGCACGUCUUACUAUGAUGCCAAUCGAUCACGCGCACCCGUUGCGGUCGUGAUCCAACAUGAUGCAAAGGGAAGACCAAUCUCAACCUGGUCAACGGCAAGUUCUGUGGCCGCACAGCGAGGAGAGGAGCUGUCGAGAUGGAGCAGACGCAGGGACGAUCUGAUCAAGAUAUACGGAAGGAGUAGCAACCUUAAUUCGGGGUCGUAUAUUGGCGAAGGCAACGGUAAUGAUUCUAUCAGUGCAGCAGGUCUCGAGGAGGAUCCGGAGCAGGAACUGGAGCAGGAGCGGGAGUAUGAACACGAGCAAGAACUUGAACAUGAGCAGCAGGAACACGCGCAGGGACAUGAGCAUUCUCAGGUAGGACUGGCGAAUGGACACCGGGAGGAUGCGACAGGGGCGAAGAGUAACGGCCAGUUGUAUGGAGCAGCGUAGCGUAGUAUGUUCUAUCUUCUUUUUUGUACAUAGUCGAUACCAUCUUUAUAUUCAUCGUUAUCACAACCAGUCUUAUCGUCCUCAUUGAAAGGGUGUUUGUCCACCCAAAAUGUCCCGA